GACGUUCAAACACGAAGAAAAGUUGUUCUCAAGGUUAUUUUUUCUACAAGUUGUCGACAAUGUUCAACCCAUCAGUGAGUAUUAUUGUCCUCCUGGCAGUCAUGAACGUUGUGUCCUGUGACUGUCCCAGCGGCUUCCUGCACCACGACGACUCCUGCUACAGCUUCAUCCGUGUCCAAGCCUCGUGGGCGGAGGCGGCCGUGUACUGUCAGGCUAUAGGCUCCCACCUGGCCUACGUGGAGACGGAUUCCGAACAAACAUUCCUGGAAGGUCAUCUCAAAAGAGAAGAAUCUACUAUAACGACUGAUGGUGUCUGGAUCGGAGGCUUAUCGUACCUGACCCAGAACGACUGGCUGUGGGGGUUUCAAGGUGAUAUCAUCGCACCCACCCAUUGGGCACCAGGGAUGCCGGACAAUACCCAUCAUGAUCAGUUCUGUAUCAUGAUGUACAAGGCUACGUCGUUUCUGUGGGACGAUGUGGGCUGUUUCACCAAGCAAUAUUUCAUGUGUGAGCUGGCACAAGCUACCUCGCCUGGGAUAGUAGUUGGGAAGUGAGGUCAGCUUCUUCGUUAGUCAAAGAAAAAGUAAAACUAUUUAACACCUUCAAAUAACUAUGAUUUGACGAACUUAUGAUUAAUAAUGUGUAAAACCAGUCGCUCGUCACGCCGAAGACCCGGGUUCGAUUUCCCACAUGGAUACAAUAUGUGAAGCCUAUUUCUGGUAUCCCCCGCCGUGAUAUUGCUGGAAUAUUACUAAAAGCGGCGUAAAACUAUACUCACUGACUCACUCUUCACAGUGUGUCUCUUAAUAAGGAAUUGCCUGUUGAAAGUUUGAUAAGGACAACAAACUGGUUUUUAAUUCCCCUGAAGUUCAUUCUUUUAAAAUUGGAUUGGAUUUAAAGGGUUUUUUAAAGUAUACAGGAAAUAUGACAUUAACACACUGCAUGUCAGAGAUAAUUGAAGCUGAUGAACCAUCUCACAAACACGUGUUCUUGUCGUAAGAUUUGUAUGUAUUUGUUUGUUUUUUAACGUACUAAGUAGUGAUAAACAGGUCACUCAAUAUGUGAUGAUAUAUAUGUCUGUGUCUAUAUACGUACCUACCUACUAUAUGCUGUAUUAUAACACUAUCUACCUAGUAUAGUAUGGUAUAUUAUAAGAA